AUUGCCAUGAUUUGCCCACUUGCUCUGGGGGAGCUGACAGCCUUAGCGCCCGCAACUAAACUGGGUCCGGCUCCAGCUCUCUGCCGUCACCAAGCAGUUGCAGCUCCGCCCGUGGCCUCUCAGACCGUACGAUGCACAAAGCGAGCCCCCGUUGAUAUUCCCUCCCGCCAGCAGCCAACUCCGCGAGCGUCUCCCGCGCCGGUGCCAGGUCCCUGUCAUCGCCGCCCCCCCAGUUCUGGGCUCUCACGCCUCACACCGCCGUCCCGAAGUCAUCCCUCGAAUCGUCACCGCCGCCGACAUCGCCGACACGAUGGUAGCCCCGCGGAAGGCCGCGCUCGCGGAGGAGAGCGCGGAGGUGGAGGUGCUCUUCGCGAACAUGGAGAAGCUGAAGACCUUGACCAAGAAAAUCCAAGGCUCUCUUACCCGCAUGGAAACGAGCGGCAAGAGCGUGGCAGAGGCUAUCGGGCCUAUAUACGGAAACACGCAGAAACUCCAGACUAUGAAUAACAAUGUGGACAGAAUCAUAGAGGCGAUUGAUCGCAUACGGGCGCCUCUCGAUCAAAGGGGCAGCGAGGAGCGUGUCAUCAACGCAGGUCCGAAGAAGGUUGGCUUGCCCGACUUUAUUGCAUCUCUGGACCGCACCACCCAAGCCCUUAGCGACCUGAAACACUCGAACCUCCGAUCAAACCAACAGGCCAUCGCCGAACUCAACUCUCUCCUGAAGAGAGGUACCAAGCAACUGGAAGAUGUCUUCAAGGAGAUAUUAAGAGAGGAUGCUCGUGCUGUAGAACCUCUCCAUUACAUUACCAAGCAACUCCCGUUUCCCGCUUUACCAGAGGACAAGAUAUCUCGUCUUAGGACCAUAAACGCACAUAUAUCUGCAUCGGUAGCGCAGAUAUCACAGACCGAUCUCCGUGAUACCCCUACCAUCAAAAUAUACGCAGAUGUCCGCGGGGAUUAUAUAUCAAGCACGAUACGCAAUUUGGCUGCAGCAUGUAUGUCUACGGCGAAGAAGACUACCGUGGACGCUUUAUACCGUCAAGGAACCAACGGCAUAGGCACGUAUGCAGCAGGCUUAGAGGGCUUGUUCGUGGCUGAGUACAACAACGUUUGCCCGGUCUUUUCUCGUGAAGACUGGCCGCGUGUUUAUUCCCAGACAUGCCAAGGAUCACUCAACGAAUUUGCCAAGACGCUGCGCGAGUUGAACAACCACGUCAAGGCCAACUUGAUUACCGAUUGCUUCCUUGCAUACGAAAUUAUCGACAUUGUUUCCAACCUCUCAUUGAGGCUAGAGUCCAACACAGGGCAGCUCAAGCAGCCCAUUGCUGAUUCCUUAAAGCCAGUCCGAGAAACAGCAAAAUCUUCGUUACGGAAGCUCCUCGAUGAUACACGGAAUAAGGUCGUAACCUUAAUUGCUUUGCCCAUUGACGGAGGGUCGUCGCCAACUACCGCUGAAAUGAUGGCUCGCCUCCAACAAAUGACGAACUAUCUUACUCCUCUCUCCUCGAUCCUGAUCUCGCUUGGAGACGGAGGCUGGUCGUCCAAUUCUGUUGCUUCAUCAAACAUUGACGUUGGAGCUGAUGGUCGGGAGCUUUUUGUCCAUUAUGCAAGUGAGAUGAUCGAAACCCAGCUGAAGGAACUUGAAGCCAAGGGCCGGAUGCUGCACAAGACUAGGCCGUUGCAAGGCGUCUUCAUCGCGAAUAAUGUUGCAGUCGUCGAUAGGAUGAUUCGCUCCUCGGAGUUGGCGCCGCUGAUGGGAGGUGCGGGCAAGAUGGUGGAGACAUGGCGCAAGAAGGGCACAACCAUGUACUUGGAAGCAUGGCGCGAACCUUCAGCGUAUCUCCUAGAUGUUCAGUACACCAACCGUGGAGGACGCCCGCAUUCCGGCGGAGCCAGCAGCAUCGAUUCGACGGCAGUGGUCAAGAAUCUGAGCUCCAAGGACAAGGACAGCCUGAAGGAGAAGUGGAAGAGCUUCAACACGUCGUUUGACGACCUGAUUGCCAAACACAAGAGCUACGGCAUGGAGAAGGAGGUCAAGGCGCAUUUGGCGCGGGAGGUGCAGACGAUCAUCGAGCCGCUGUACGGGCGCUUCUGGGACCGGUACCACGAGAUCGACAAGGGCAAGGGCAAGUACGUCAAGUAUGACAAGCAGCAGCUGGCGCAGACGCUGGCAGGCCUGGGGUGAGGGGAGAGCGAGGCGGGCAUUGUUAGCGAUGGCAGAUAUACCCUGGGCGUUGUUUGGUAGACAUGGAGAUUCUCCAGAUAACGGUGCAUGCAUGACGGCAAGCAGCCGUGAUGGCGUACCAGCCCAAAACGGGCCAUGGUGAUCGCCGCGGCUGCUUAAAUUAGAGCGUUCGACACGUGAUUGGACCGUGG